AAUUAAGCUAUUCUAUCUAGUUACAACAAAGUUUAAUUCAGUAGAACAGGGCUCUGUGAAAAAGAGAAAUGUUAUUAUUACACCGAGUAGUGAAGUUUAUAUGCUGUGUGAUGAGUUGUCAGUAGACAAAAGGGAUUAUAUAUAAUGUCAUAAAUUCAUUGUACACUGGUAACAGGUUUUCAUUUGCGGUCACAUUCUGUGGUUUGAGGUGUCCUUGUUGCUGACAGGUUUUUAGGCCAGCUACAAUUCACACUGAAAAAGACUGUUCAUGUGAUAUUUGAUAGUGCUUGUGAAGUAGGGAAUAAUUUAUCACAUGAUGUAAUCUGAACAAUUCAGCAUGUGGAUUUUGAAAAAAGUGAAUUGAGAAUACUUCUUUAUAAAAUUACAAAUUGCAUUCAGCAGCUUGGGUUUCAAAUUGUAACCUUUUCUUAACAGACUAAGAUAAUUUUGAUGAUAAUGUUUUCAAUUAUAACCCAUUCUAUGGAUUUUUUAUUAUCCAUUUAAUUUUUGGAUGAAGAGAGAGAAGUGAUUGGAGGCAGGUGACCAAUCAAAAUUUUGAGAGAAAGAGAGAGAGUGAGCUCUGCCAGCCAUUGUGUAUUUCUGAUUGCUUGCAUCAGCUAAAAUUCACAUUUGACAUUUCAUCAUACUUUAAGCAAUGCAUGUAUUUUUGGUUUUGUUUUGUUUGGGUGGAGACAGGCAUUUUAGAAAAAGGAUCUGUUCAUAGAAAUUGUACAGCAAAGAGGAAUGGGGGAUCCACCAGAAGAGGGACCUACGCCUUUCUUGCCUCUCGUUGGAAUACAUAUCAAUCCUAUGGAGGGGCAGAGUUUUUCAUCCCAGUCGGAGGAAUCACCAAAGAAACACCUUUUGCCUUUGCCAGAUGCACCUUACUCUGAGGCUAGUUCGGCCAACUCUUUGAACCCAAUCUGUCGGAUAUGCCAUAUGCCAGACACAGCCCAGGAUGCACUGAUCUCACCGUGCAGGUGCUCAGGAACCCUUCAGUUUAUACAUGUCACAUGUUUAAAGAGAUGGUUGGAAGUUUGCUCACGCAAGACUAGGAAGCCACCCAAGUGUGAGCUGUGUCAUUACCAGUUUCAUCGGCACAAGAAGUUCAAAUGUAACCACUUCAGACUCCCGAGGGUAAAUGGACGAGACAAAAUCCUCCACAGCGUCUUUCUCAUCAAUGUCAUUGUCAUGCUGUCCUGUGCAGUCAUUACUGUUAUGUGUUUUCUGUCAGACAAGGGCCAGAUCAGCAAAUUCCCUCGCAACAAAGUUGACUUGACAACAGAGGAGAUAGUUACCCUGAUUUGUGGGGUUUUAUUUUUCGUUUCCUUCUUCAUUGCCAUGUCAGUUCAAAUCAAAGCAAAACACACAGUCUACCAGCUGAUCGUAAAGUUUAUAAUGCAGAAUAUGCAGUGGGAGAUUGAGGAGUACGACAAGGGCAAGGAUUGUGAAGAUGUUCAAGGCCAUCCUGUGCUGGUGUGACCUUUUGGGAAACUAUACAAAUACACUAUCUGUAUGGAAGUAUUACACCUUAUCUCAAUGAUGGAUUGACAU